AUGGCAGGUCCCCUUCUCCCAACCCUGCUGCUCCUACUGCUGUCCUUAGCCCUGGGAUCUGCUGGACAAGAAGCCCAGGAUACCGGGGAAAGGAUUAUUAAUGGAGGUGUAUGUCCAAGAGGCUCCCAUCCCUGGCAGGUUGCCCUGUUUCAAAACAAUGAGUUCCAGUGUGCCGGCGUACUGGUCAACCCACAGUGGGUGCUCACCGUAGCCCACUGCCGCAGGAGUGAUUAUAUUGUGCAAAUGGGCAGUGAUCUUCUGGUUGGGGGGCAUUCCCGGAAGAUCAGGGCUACAGAGUCCUUCGUCCACCCAUGGUAUAACAACCGCACCGAUGAUCAUGACAUCAUGCUUGUGAAGCUGAGCAGCCCGGCCAAGCUCUCGCGCAAUGUGAAGAAAAUCAACCUACCGUCCAGCUGCAAAGACCCUGGGACCAGCUGUACUGUCUCUGGCUGGGGCUCCCUAACUUCUCCAGAUGCAACAAAUCCAUCAGAGCUCAUGUGCUCGAAUGUCAACAUUGUCUCCUACAAGAAGUGCAGGAAGGCUUACCGGACCUUGUUGAAAAAGUACAUGAUCUGUGCUGCUGCCCCUGACGGGCUCUCCUCCACCUGCAGAGGUGACUCUGGGAGCCCGCUGAUUUGCGAAGGUUCCCUGCAAGGCCUGGUGUCCAGCGGAUAUUACCCUUGUAGACAGCCCUUUGAGCCAGUGAUAUACACACGCCUAUGCAUGUACCGCAAAUGGAUCUAUGAUACCAUGAAAACCAAUUCCUAA